AUUUGCAAAAUACUGUGCUAAGGCUAAAGCUAUGGUUUGCUUAUUCAUGACAAACUAGGCGAAAGUGCCCCUCAUGCUUAGUCUGCAGCACCCACAUUCAUCAAGCUUCCACGUAUUACGUACGUGUAAGGAAGUGCAAGAAGCCCAACUCACCCAUGCAUCAACCGUGGCCGACGCGCUUCAUUUUAAAGCGGUGGCAGACGCAAGAUAUGCCUUCGUAGCACCACUGUUGCAGAAGAAGCAGUGGUGAAGGAGAAGGUGAUGGCAGACACAGGAAGUAAAUGUGACGACAAAUGCGGGUGCCCCUACCCCUGCCCUGGUGGACCUUCCUGCAGGUGCGCAGCGGGGGAGUUGGGUGCCGGACCGACCACAGUGCGGCAUUCCUACUGCAAGUGCGGAGACCAUUGCAGCUGCACCCCGUGCGAGUGCGUGAGGGCGGCCGGCGGUUCUGCUACCGGCGGAAUUGGAAGAGCCUUUUGCGCCUGCAGGCCUGGCUGCGACUGCGAGAAGUGCAGCGCUUGAGCAGCCGUGGUUGCCGCCGCUCAUCUCUUUGUAGUUUGCUGGCAGCUGGUCAAAACUGCAGUAGAUAACAUGAAAUUCUACAAUUAGGCUUCAAUGAUCAAUUUUCUUUUUUUAAUUCAGAGUGUUAACAGUAUG